AAAUGUUUUUAUUAACCAUAUAAAAUUGAGAUUGAUAAUAAAUAUUAAUAUUAAUUGGAUGCAUACUAACAAAAAAAAAUUUUUGUGUGCAAUAUUGAAAUGAAUAAAUAUUAUAGAAUAAUUGUUUUUAUCAAUAUAUAAUUGGUUUUUAUUGGAAUAUAUUGCAUAAGAUUAAUUAAUAAUGGAAAAAAUAAAUUGUUAACACAAAAAAAAUGAUCAUGAAAAUUUCAAACUUUUGGUUUUUUGGGGUUGGUAGGACAAAAUCUCCAAUGUAAAAAGCAUAGGAUUUUAUUUAGGACACGCCCACAAAAUCUAGCUGAAAAUGUACCUUAAAUAAAAAAUGGAGUUAAUUACAGAUUAUCUUGAAACAUAUGAAGGACGUGAUAAAUUUUUAAGAACAUUGUCAUAUACGUCAAAGUUAUUAACAAUCAUACCAAGAUCACAGGAAAAUGUAAACAAAAUAAAAUAUUUUAGCAGUCAAAUGAGUGAUUGUCGUGUUAUGUUGAGACUGUUUGAUGAUAUUCCAACAAUAUACUAUGCAUAUUCAUAUUGGAAUGGCAAACAGGAGUCAGAUAGUUUAUUGAGGUGGUUAAAUAUUGUACAAAAUAUAUUGGAUAUUGUUUAUUCACCAAUUGAAACAGUUUGUUGGCUUGGUGAACAUAAAUUAUUAAAAAUUAAUAUUGACAAAUGGGACAAUGUGUCAACAUGGUUUUGGAUUAUAUCAUUGUAUAUUUCUCUGGUGAAAGCUAUGAGAAAACGUCAUCAUUAUUGUAAACUAAAAUGCAAUAAACAAUCAUUAAAUAAAGCUGAGGUGGAACGUGUUGAUGAAAAAAUAAAUAAUGAAACGUUGACUUGUGUUAGAAUGUUGCUGGAUAUCACCUAUGCAAUAAGUUAUUUACCAGAUGGUAUAUUAUGGGCAGGAAAAUUUAAGACAUGGCAUGUUGGAGCACUUGGUAGUUUAUCUUCCAUAAUAAGUUUGUACCAAGUUUUUAAAAAACAAGCUUCAGAUAAAUGA